AUGGAGGAAGACUCGGCAACGAUAACUCCUCCCGAUCCGACAAUCUCUUUACAGACCACCAACUUCCCCGAGUCCCCACCACAAUCACUCUCUCCAUCAUUCAAAGUUGAUGAAGGUUAUUCCGACGAAACUCGGAGUCAGCCAGACAAAGAGCCCGUGACGGACAAUGUCAUGAUGCUUCCAGAAUGGGUGCUUGCCCAAAGUGAGUCUGACAGAGCUGAACUUGCAUAUAGCUUGCUUCGCUCGCUCUCCACAUCUAAGCUUGCCAGAGUAGUGGAACGAGUCCACCCACUACUCCACAUGGACCCUGUAGUCAAGCUACCCCCCGAAUUGACGUUCCAAAUAUUUUCCUAUCUCGAGCCCCGAAACCUCUUGAACCUUACGCUUGCAUCCCGCGCAUGGCGAGCUCGCAUUCUCGAUUCUGGUCUAUGGAGAGUUCUUUACAUCAAGGAAGGCUGGCGCGCAAACUCGCGCGCUAUAUACAACUUUGAGCAAGAACACUCGGAGCCUGCUUCUCCGCAGAUCCGCAAGUCACGACCACGACAUUCAGAAUCGGACCUUGGGGAGCCCAAACAGAAGAAGCGCGCACCGCCAUCAUGGUUUAAUUCACGUGUCACUACAGGCCCUGGUGCUGUAGAAACUGACGGUCGUGUGUAUGAUGAAGCAGACAGCGAGGGAGACCACCACAUGGCAGACGCGAACGGCAGCGCACCUUUACCGGCAGAUGAAAUCGACCUCGUACAACCGGCAUCCUUUUCCCAUAUUUCUUCUUUGCUCCAACCGCCACUAAAGUCAUCAAUUCUGAUUCGAAGCCCGAAUGGUACUGCUAAAAUUAACUGGGUACACCUGUACAAGCAGCGCCGGCGCCUGGAAGAAAACUGGCGUGAAGGCCGAUUCACGAAUUUCCAACUACCUCAUCCCUCGUACCCAGACGAGGCUCAUAAAGAAUGUGUUUAUGCCAUUCAGUUUGAGGGGCGAUGGCUGGUCAGUGGAAGCCGGGACAAGCAUAUGCGGGUUUGGGAUCUAGAAACUCAGCGACUGUGGUAUCCUCCCCUAGCUGGACACACAAAGUCAGUGCUAUGUCUCCAAUUCGACCCAAGUCCUGAUGAGGACAUAAUUAUUUCCGGAAGCAGUGAUCGUUCCGUGAUUGUGUGGAAGUUUUCCACGGGACAAAAAGUCCAUCAAAUAAAGAACGCGCAUGCGGAUUCGGUGUUAAACCUAAAAUUCGACCACCGAUUCCUUGUGACCUGCUCCAAGGACCGAACAGUCAAAGUCUGGAAUCGUCGAGAACUAUCUGUGACGGACGAAGACUAUCCUCGCGUUUGCAAAGGUGGCGGUGCCACUUAUCCCGCAUACAUUAUGGAUCUCACUGAGAUGUCACCAAGUCUCUUGGAAGCAAGUUUGGCAAAAGGACAAAUCCAGCCAUUAGCGCCUUUCACGCUUCUCAUGGUCAUCGAAGGGCAUGGCGCAGCGGUCAAUGCUAUGCAACUUCAAGGCGAUGAGAUCAUCACAGCCUCCGGGGAUCGCAUGAUUAAAGUAUGGAACAUACGUAACGGUGCUUGCUUGAAGACUCUCAUGGGGCAUGAGAAAGGAAUUGCUUGCGUUCAAUCUGACGGUCGACGGAUCAUUAGCGGCAGCAAUGAUAACUCGGUACGAAUCUAUGAUCAUAUCUCCGGAGCUCAAGUCGCAGUUCUUAAAGGACAUGACAAUCUCGUCCGUACCGUCCAGGCAGGAUUUGGCGACCCCCCGGGGGCGGAUGAGACUCUGAAACAAGAGGCACAGGAUGUUGAAAAUGCGUUCUGGAAAGCACAACGGGAAGGAACUGCUGUUGGUUUGAGCGCAAGGGACAUGCGACGUGCCGGCCAUACAUCAAAUACUGCAGGAUCUCGAGAUCCCCGUCAUAUUACUGCCAUUGGUGCGAAGAUUCCUCCAAACGGCGGAGGUAGUGCUUGGGGCCGUAUCGUCUCCGGAUCCUACGAUGAGCAUAUUUUCAUCUGGCAUAAAGACCGAGACGGUAGAUGGAUCCGAAAACAUGAGUUGCGUCAAAUUGAUGCAGCGCUCAACGCUGCUCGAGCCACUCUGACACCAGCAGCACGAGCCACUGUCACCGCACAGGCUCGACAACUACAAGCAGCACAGACUUUGAUGGCUUUGCCUAAUGCCCAAAAUCCAGGCCCGGCCCGGGCUCCCGUCACUGAUGCCACACAGAGCACUGCCUCUACUCCGGAUGGGGACCGUCAAGAUGGUGCUCCAGCUGCUACCAACACCGCACAGCAAGGUGCCGCAGUUCCACAACUUCACCUCCCAGCCCAGGUGAAUCCACCAGUUGUUCAACCACAGGCUAUUCAACAGUUGAUGGGUCACCACCAUCAUCACCACCAUCCACACCCGCGGCGAUCACCUUCAACGCCAACAAGCGCAAGGGUAUUCAAAGUCCAGUUUGAUGCCCACAAGAUUAUUUGUGCUAGUGUGGACCCUCGAAUUGUAGGCUGGGACUUUUCCAACAACGACGAAGAGAUCCUCGAGGCACGUCCAUUCUUCGAGAGCCUGUGA